GCUGCGGGCCCGGGCCCUGACGGUUCCCCACUCCCACGCGGUCGUUUCUGCGGAGGCUGCUUCUCAGGGCGCCCUGGCUUGAGUGAGCGCGGCCGCCCCCUGGGUGGCCAGUCCCGUGGGGGUGCGCGGCGCGGGCGAGGGGCUUGCGGGCCGCGGGCGGGUCUCGGGGAACGCUCGAGCGACGUUUCGUUCUGCCUCUUGGAGGUGGAAAUCUCCCGCGGCGUGUCGUGAGUACGAUUGCGAGCCCCGGGCACGCUCCCGGCUUGCCGUGGCGGGGAGUCCACAGUAAGGGUCUUUUUUUAAAAAAAUGAGGUGGUUGCUACCAGAAGACUGAAAAACUUAAGUUAAACACACACACAGACACACACACACGCGCGCGCAACAGUUUGCCAGCUUCUGUAGGAAAAUCCGGUCUGGCAGCCUUGGACCCAGACCCCGAGUGUCACCACUCACCCAGAGCUGCCCCCUGAGGCCCCACCAUGUCCGGGCCGCAGACCCCAGAGCCGGCCCGCCGCACGCAGGGAGACUCCCCAACAGGCACAGGGGGCGAGGACACCGCCGACGGGAUCCAGCACUCACAACGCAUGCUCAGCUUCAGUGAUGCGCUCCUGUCCAUCAUCGCCACUGUGAUGAUCCUGCCUGUGACCCACACGGAGAUCUCCCCAGAACAGUUUGACAAAAGUAUACAGAGACUUCUAGCAACCAGGAUUGCUGUCUACCUGAUGACGUUUCUCAUUGUGACUGUGGCCUGGGCAGCACAUACAAGAUUGUUCCAGGUUGUUGGGAAGAUAGACGACACACUUGCCUUGCUCAACCUGGCCUGCAUGAUGACCAUCACUUUCCUACCUUUCACUUUUUCCUUGAUGGUGACCUUCCCGGAGGUGCCCCUGGGCAUCUUCUUGUUCUGUAUGUGUGUGAUCGCCAUCGGGGCCGUGCAGGCGCUGAUCGUGGUGUACGCGUUCCACUUCCCCCACCUCCUGAACCCCCAGAUAGAGAGCUCCGCCCACAGGACCCUGUAUCGGCAGCACAUCCUGGGCAUCGUCCUCAGGGGCCCGGCCUUGUGUUUCGCUGCUGCUGGCUUCUCCCUGUUUUUCUACCCCUUGAUUGGGAUUCCUCCUUCCCUGUGGCUCCCUCCCGCUGAUCCUGCAGGGCCUGCCCACCGAUUGGCCUCCUCCCACCUGCUUCACACCCGGGAGGCCCGUCCCUCAGUGUGUCUGCUCAGUGAUGUGGUCGGGGCUGUAAACAGAUCUGUGAUGCUGGCCUUCGUCAUCUGUCCGCAGUGUGCCACUGUCUCCCUGAUUGUACUCCCCACGUCAGGUGACCCUGAAGUACUUGGCUUGCAGGACAGAAGGGGCGGGAGCCCCCCAUUGAGCGUAGGCCUGGAAUGGGGCAGUGGUGGCAGGAGGAGGCGCCUCACUGCAGGGGUGUCGGCUGUGUGGGUACCACAGCCGCAGGGUGAGCAGAGCCCUUGUGGGACCUGCCAGUCUGCCCCAGCCUUGAGGGCUCACGCUGCCAGAGCCCAGAACAUGCCGCCUGGCCCUACAGCCUUUCUUGUUCAAAUUACGGGGUGUGUGUGCAGUGAAGCCCACGCCACUGUGUCCUGUAAACACCAUCCAGCGGCAACGAUGGAGUGCACAUCGCGUGCAGCCGCCACCUCCACCUCCUUCUGGAAUGUUUCCCUCACCACCCCUGCUGCCUGGAAGCCACCAGUCGACUUUCCGUCUCUCUCUGUGGAUCUGCCUGUGCUGGGUAAUUCAUGUAAAUGGAAUCAUAAAACACGAGGCUUUUAUGUCUGGCUUCUUUCGUUCAACAUAACGUUUUCAAGGUGGGUUCACGGCGCCCCAAGUGUCAGGACUUCCUCUCGUUGGCUGGACCACGUUUUCUCACCCGCGCGUCUGUCGACGGACUCUGGGUUCUUGCUCGUCUUAGCUGAUGUGAACGGUGCUGCUGUGAACGUGGGGUGCACACACCUCUUGGAGACCCUGCUCUCAGUUCUUCUGGGUGCACACCCGGGCCAGACGUGGGCUUACUGGAUGGCAGGGGGAGGCGGGCGUGGGCUUGCUGGAUCGCAGGGGGAGGCAGGCGUGGGCUUGCUGGAUCGCAGGGGGAGGCGGGCGUGGGCUUACUGGAUGGCAGGGGAGGCAAGCAUGGGCUUACUGGGUCGCAGGGGGAGGCGGGCGUGGGCUUACCGGAUCACAGGGGCUCCCUGUUUGAUUUUGGGGGGACCCGCCACAUUGUUUCUGCAGCGGCGGCACCAGUUUACGUCCCCACCGACAGAGCGCGGGCUCCCAGUUUCCCCACACCCUCGCCAAGGCCCGUGGACCUGCUUUUCUGAGGGCCGUCUUCCCCCGGGGUGUGACGUGGGGUCUCCUGGUUCCGCUCUGCAUUUCCCUGAGGCUCGGUGACGCCGAGCACCUUUUCGUUCAUGGGUCGGCCACGGCGUCUUCUUUGGAGAAAUGUCUGCUCCAGCCCUUUUCCUUGGGUGUCGUCUCUGUGCCGUGGAGGCGAGGAGUUUCCACCUGCGCUGGGCGCCAGGUCCUCCUCUGCCACGCGGGCUGCCGUGUGCUCUCCCGUUGUGUGAGAAGUGCUCUUGGAUGCACGCACGGCUUUCAGCCUGAUGAGGUAUAAUUCACCUGUUUCUUAGGUUGCGGGUGCUGCCAUCCCUUUGGAGCGGGUGGCUUCUGGGUGGGAUUUCUGGUGCAGCGUCACCUCCUGACAUGUCUGUGUCUCAUACAGUCGUACCUGCUGAUGGCGACGGUCAUCUUCCUCCCCUACGUCAGCAAGGCCUGCAGCUGGUGCAAGGGCAGGCUUGUGGGUAGGUGUGCGGGCAGGCUGGUGUGUGGGGCCUCGGCACUGCUCCCCAAGGCCUGUGGAGCAUGG